AAGCUGAAUUGAAGGCAAAGGCCCUACCAGAGCAUACUAACAUCAUCUACAUUGCGGUGCGUGCCACUAAAAUGUUUGCAGAGGAAGAGGUGAGGAACCAGCAUGCUCUGAUGUCCUGCCUGUGGUCUACACUCCUCACCUAUGUCACCAUAAUGAAGUACGUGUGCCAGAAGUUCAAGGUGUAUUGUCAGUUUCUCACUCCCUGCCCACACAGUGAGACGUGUCACAGCAGGACGAAGUUCUACCAGCACAACAUGCUGUCCAACAGGGACGCCACUAAUGUCGUGUCCAGGCUGAAGUGUGCACAGUGCAAGAAGGACGUCAAGGUGGAGGAAAUACUGGGGCCAAAUGAUUUCAGUUUUGUGAAGCCUGGGGGGAUUGCCCCCACACAUACCCUGGACCAGGUGAAGUUUGACGCCAGCCCCCAUGUGGACUACAGCAGGUGCUUUCUGUGUGGAAACUGUGCCUAUGAGGGGAUUGACUGCCCACAGAAUGGAACACAUGGAGAAACAAUUUAUCAUUGUGGGUGCCAGCGUAAUACACAAAUGUGCAGCAAAUGUGGAGUAUGUACAAGGUGCACAAAGUAUUUAAAUAAAGUUCAAACUGCCCUACAGCCUGGCCUUGGUUCCUCCCGGCCAUUCACUAUGAUCGAAGACAUAAAUGAGUCCUCCGUGAUUUCUGUAGAAAAUCUUAGUCGUGGCAACUUCAUCAGCAAUCGAAGGCUUAACGUUCAAAGUGGCACCAAGUGGGCAGCUAUGGAUCCAGUUCAUUUCAACUUUUUUGAGGUUACUCUGCUUCCAGUAGAGAUGGAAAGGAAUAAGGUGACAGUGGGUCUGUCAAAAGUUUUUGGAAAACCUUUACUGGAAUAUCACCUGCAAACUGGUGUGAUAGCAGACCACGAGGAGACAGGAGUGAAAGAGCACAAGGAUGGCAAGUGGAUAGUAUCAGAGGCAUGCACCGUCAGGGUCCAGAUGAGGUUCGACAGGGAUGACCAGUGUAAGGCCAUGGAUACAGAAAAGGUGAAGAUAGAAAUUUCAAAAGCAGGGGAGGUGAUCUACACAAAGAAGACUCACCUUCAGCGCCUGUGCGGUACCAUAGGUUUCCAUGGGAAAGGCAUUGAGGUUUUCGUCAAUGCACCUGGAAUUAAGGAAGCCGAGCUGACGCCGUCUCGGAGGAUAAAGGAAGAGAUGUUGGUAGAGAUCAAGGACCCAGCUACAGGAGUCCACCACUUGGCGGAGCUGGUGUCCUCCACACAUGACAACCAGUUAUACACUGCAGUGAUGAAACCUGAGGGCAUUGAGAGCUUUAACAUCAGCCCCUACAGUGACAGACUAUUCCCUUUGUACUAUUCAUACUACAAUAAAGAACCAAAUGACUAUUGGACUGAAGCCCUGCAUGAAGAUUGUCCACAAUGUAAAGAGAAGAAUGAGGAAAAAGCUUCAUCUUGUGAAUUUUGUGGAACCUCUCUGAAGAAGAUGGAGUUGAUAUCUGCUGACCUUUCUGAGGAAGAUUUGAACAGCAGAAGAGCACCAAUAUGGUUGUUUUCAGAGACUCAGCGCACCAACAUGAAGCCUUACUACUCAUCAAAAACAGACGGCCGCCUUGAGAAAUGGUGUAGAAACUUCCUUCAGGGAACUGCAAAAACUGCUUGUACUGUGGCCCAGAACCUUCCCCUGGUUGAGGAAAAGAUUUUUGCAGAGAGUGAUUUUAACUACUCUGGUUAG